AUGAAUAUUUUAAAUACAAAUAUAAUCCUUUUAUCAUUUGUAAUUAUACAUUUUGAUAAGUUCGUUAGCUCAAAUCGAACACUCAACAUUCUAAGACCGAGAAGAACUAGGGUUAUUAAUUAUCGAAUAGGUCAUUAUAAAGGUCAAUUAUUAUCCCCUAGAAAUACCAUUAGUGUUACAACUGUUACAAUCGGUCAAAAGGUUGUGUUUACUUGCGAAGCACCUGAAAAGGUUGAAUACAUUUUUGUGUAUUUUCUUUAUAAUGUAGAGAAAUUAAUUCAUAUAGCAGUAAUAAAUGAUGGUAGAGUUAGACAUGUAUAUCGUGCAUAUAUUAGUGGAGUGUGGAGUGCAGUCGAUCUUAAUAAUUAUAUGGUAAUGAAACAAUUACUGUUAAAAGAUCGUAAAUUAGACAUAGCUGAAGAAUUUGAUGAUUAUACAUUUGAUAUUGUAAGACAUGAUUUGUAUGGAGUUCCAGCAUAUGUCAUUUAUUCUAAAAAUGAGUACGAUUUAGUUGCAGUUUAUGAUAAUUGUCAUCUUAUUUGGCAACAAAAUCAUCCAAAUGAUAAAGCUGCAUUUGUGAUAGUUCACGGAGAGUUAAGUACAACAACUUUAAUCAAUGUCCUUGUUAAAGGUCAAGGAGAAUCAUAUAAUCUAUAUUAUAAUAAGAAUGGUUCUGAUUGGGAACAAGUAACAAAAACCGAAUUUUAUUUAAUGUUAGACUUGCUUGAUCUCGAAGUACUCAUUGGUCAACUAGGGGAAUGA